GGGCCGAGGUCGGGGACGAGGAGGAAGAGGAGGAGGAGGAGGAGGAGGUGUGUCUGAGGUCAGAUUGCGCGUGCUCGUCGUGUGCUCUUGCCAGAUUUCUACGUCCAUAGCCGGAAGCUGUUAGCGCGGAGUCUGUCGGAGGGAGGGAGGGAGAAAGGAAGGAAGGGGACGAUGGCGACCAUUUGGGCGACAGGCGUUGUGGUGCCCGUGAUCAAUGGGCAAGGGUUGGGGGCGAGAGCUGCUGCGGGCAAGAAGCAGCAGCCGAAGGGGGCGAAGCAGCAAGUGCCCAAGAGUGACGAGCAAGGCUUGCUCGAUCGACUGUUCGAGUGGCUGAACAAGGAAUCCUUCUCGGAGACGGAUGCUCUUCUGAACAAAUCGGGCGACAAUGGCAAGGGCGUGUCCGUAGCUCCUCCGCCCCAAAAGAAGGGCGGCUUCUUCGGAUCGAAUUAGAGCGGCGCGCCGGCCUUUGAUCCCCGAGGUCCUGCGGCCGGAUCAUUUGCUCGAGUUCUUGUACUUAAGUAGUAAUGUCGAGGAUCACUUUGCUGGCCCAGGUGUCACCGGCCGGUCAACGGAGCAGUGUAGAAAGCAAUUUCGCUCGUAGUGGGCGAGGUGUAUAGUCUGAAGCCCAGGGGCUCUGAUCUCGUACUUCCCCUUUCAAAAAAUCUCGAUACUUGCAGCCAGUUGUCAGACACUGCCACUGGGAGGAGGCUUGCUUGAAUAGAGCUGAGCGCCCAUUGAUUGCCUGCACUAGGUGCUGCAACUUGUUAGAAAGGGGUAGUUGGCAAUUUGGGGCUCUAUCACGUCCCGCAGAAAGAGGCAGAGAGGCACGAAGGGAUGGAGGGAGUGAGGAAGGGAGGGAGGGAUCCAUUAUAGUUUCGAUGCCGAGCACAUUGAUGUACUCACUCAAAUUCGGUCACGGUAAAAGUGUCUCGUGAUGUACGAUUUUUGUGAUUUCAAAAUCCAUGCCACUCGAUGCUCGACUCGAGCCAUCAUGGUCCUCAACAUUGUAGCAAGAUGUGCACCGGUCCUGUAGAGUGAGCUUCGAAAUAAUGAAUGACUGUUCCA